AUGGAUAUUUCCCGUAUACAGGCAUAUGCAAAGAAUCUGAAAGAUCGUAAGCGUCAGCGGCGGACAGAGCGUGAGCGUGAUCGAGGCCAUGGGAGUACAUCUCCGCGGUUUUCAGAUCUGAGAUUUGAUCGGUCUUCUUAUUCCAGAGCGGGUCAGAGUUCUAAAGCUUUGGGUUCUCAGCAUAGACUGGAGUCAGGCCAGAUGAGACCCCCUUUGCUGCGGUGUGCCAAGUGUAGCAAGUUACACGCAGGUCAGUGUCGGCUGGGAUCAGAUGUUUGUUAUGUUUGUGGUAAGCCAAGUCACAGGACGCGGCAGUGUUCGAUGAGAGAGAGUGGGGGUAUGGUUCAACCCACAGGGUCUGUAGCUGGUUCUUCUUCUGUAGCACACCUUUCAGGGCAAGGUUCUCAGGUACCGGCAGGGCGUGGUAGACAGAGGAGUGGAGCAUCUAGCUUGAGUGGACAUGAACACCGCGUCUAUGCACUAGCCGGUAGAUAG